UCCUCCCUUUGUGUGCUGUUUCUCUUCGAACUCAGACCAUAAUCCUCAGCUAUGUCAGGUCUGUAUAAUCACCGCUUCUCCCCUGUCAGAACUGCUUCUCCACUUAUUAGAAACACCCCGGACAUUGAUAGUCAGCUCUUAUCAGAGCUGUUGGCGGAGCAUCAAAAGCUUGGUCCUUUCCUGCAAAUCCUUCCGACAUGUAGCCGAUUGUUAAAUCAAGAGAUAAUCCGGUUAUCUGGAAUGAUGUCAAACCAAGGAUUUGGUGACUUUGACAGGAUGAGGCAUAGAAGCCUCAGUCCCAUGGCUUCUUCAAACAUUAUGUCAAAUAUUUCUGAAACUGGAUUAGGCAGCUGGAAUAACCUUCUUCAAGAGAGACUAAAUGGACCUCCUGGGAUGACAAUGGACUGGCAAGGUGCACUAGCAAGCCCUAGUUCAUACACUGUGAAAAGGAUCUUGCGUCUUGAAAUCCCUGUCGAUACAUAUCCAAAUUUCAAUUUUGUCAGACGACUUCUAGGGCCUAGAGGCAAUUCAUUAAAGUGGGUAGAAGCUACCACUGGAUGCCGUGUAUAUGUCAGAGGCAAAGUAUCAAUAAAGGAUGCAGACAAGGAAGAGCAGCUCAGUGGUAGACCUGGCUAUGAGCAUCUGAAUGAGCCACUCCACAUCUUAAUUGAGGCUGAUUUCCCUGCUAAUGUUGUCGAUAUAAGGCUUAGACAGGCUCAAGAAAUCGUGGAAGAACUACUGAAACCUGUGGAUGAGUCGCUGGAUUUUAUCAAGAGGCAGCAGUUGCAGGAGCUGACAAUGCUAAACACAAAUUUGAGAGAGGAGAGUGCCGGUCCGGGCGGUAGUGUUUCACCUUUUGAUUGCAGUGGAAUGAAACGUCCCAAAACAGGACGCUGAGAGAUCCAACAUUUCUUUUACCCUGUCCCAGAACUCUCAGCCAAAUCUCCUCUAAAGCAAACAUCAGUUGGGCAUAGCUUGAAACAAUUAGGCACAGUUGGAUUCAUU